ACCAAGUAUAAAAACACUCGGUGUGCCGACACCGAGGCGGAAGGUCGUGUUUAUGGCCGAAUUUUUUGGUAACUUUGAAUGCGAAAGAAACGGAUUCUCUUAACCAGAUAUACAUUGGUUUAUCUUAAAAACUUAAAAUGGAAUCGCAAUCGGAUAACGUAACCAACUGAAAUGUCAACUAAGCCUUCAUCUCUUAGUCGUUUAGAUCGUGUCUUUACAUUACUUGAAAGUGGGUCCAGUUCUGUGGCACGCAAAGCAGCUGCUAAACAACUUGGAGACGUACAGAAGAAACAUCCACAAGAACUCAACCAUUUACUAGCAAAGCUUUUAGUUUACAUUCAACACACUGAAUGGGACACCAGGAUUGCGGCUUCUGAAUCCAUAGCUGCCGUGGUGGGGGAAGUCCCUAAAUGGGAACCAAAGCCAUGUCAGAAGAAUUCCCAAGAGCCAGAUUUCCCAAUUGAUGAGUCAAAGUUAACGUUUGCAAAGUUUGACGUUGACCGUGUGUUAACGGGUUCCCACCUCUUGCUUGGAUCAACAGGAGAUGAAUAUAUGAUGCCUACCACUGAGGGAAUGACAGGUGAAGAUAUUGUGACAAAACAACGUAAAAUGUUGGAAAAACGACUUGGUCUCUCAUUGCCCGGCAACGCAAGCAUGGGAGUUACUUCUAAAGAACUUUUCAAUGACGAUGAUCUUCUUAUUAAUGAAUCUGUGAUCAAAAUAAAAGAGGAAGCACCAUCGGUAAAACAGACAUGCAAAACUAUGAUGUCACAAUUAACUACCGAAGGAAUGAGCAGUAGAGAACGGAAUCGAGCAAAGAGAAAAGCAAAGUUGUUUAUGAAACAAAAAAGCCGAGAUAAUUCAAAACCAGAUCCUGACCAACCAUCUAGGAAGAAGAUAAAAGAAGAGGAAAACCUCGGAAUACCUCCGGAUCAAAUACCGGAGCAUAACUCUUCAUCUGAUGAGUGGACAGAGUGGCCAAUGGAAUGGAUUUCCAGUAAUUUGAUGAACUUACUGUUAAGUUCAUUGUGGGAAUCUAGACAUGGGGCGUGUAUAGCACUUCGACAAAUCAUAAUCAAGCAUGGAGGGGGGUGUGGCAAGAUCAGAGGAAUGAAUUAUGAUGAGUUGACUGAUCACCACCAGUCAUGGUUGACUGACCUUGCCAUUAGGUUACUUUGUGUCAUCACGCUUGAUCGCUUUGCAGAUUACAUAUCAGAUCAGGUUGUUGCUCCAGUUCGAGAAUCGUGCGCCCAGACACUAGGUGUCAUUGCGGGACACCUACAUAAAGAUCAUAUAUUUGAUAUUGUGAAAGUUCUCUUACAUUUGCUCACCAAGCCACAAUGGGAGUUGCGACAAGGGGCAAUGCUGUGUGUGCAAUAUAUUAUUGCUGUCAAACUGGACCUUCAGGCUGAUUUAUUCAAGGCAUGUUUCCCUUCCAUAUUAUCUGGUUUAUCGGACGCAGACGGUGACGUUAGAAAUGUUUCAGCAAAAUGUUUGCUACCAAUAACUGACCAUUUGAUGACAGAAGAACCGGCGUUAAACAAGCUUCUGUCUGUGUUGUGGAACUCACUGAGCGAAUAUGAUGAACUAACAGCAUCCACUCAAUCUGUUCUGCUUCUAUUAUCAAAGCUCAUCAAAUCAUUACCGCUUCAUAUUAUAUGCCAGGGAUUUGAACCCAGAGUCUUAGUGUUGCGGUUACUACCAUUCUUCCACCAUGUGUUAACAUGUGUGAAAGAAGCUGCACUUUCUACAAUGCUGGUAGUUAUAGAGGCUUCAGAGAAUGCAAGAGAUUGGAUGACAUCUGUCUCCAGUGAUGCCACAUGGAAUUUACUCCAGUGUUGCCUUUUAGAAACAAAGUCUAACACCAGAGACCUCAGUUCAAAAGUUUUUAUAAGUUUUGUCCGAAGUUGCCCCACCGAAGCAAUAUCAUCUUGUUUCCCUUACAUACCGAUGUGGUUGAACCUCGCAUAUUACCCGGAGUCUGUCCCUAUACCACCUACUAUGCUGGUACAACACACUGGAAUGAAAAACAGCGACAACUUAACUGAAGGUCACAAGAAGCACAUUGGUGGACUCGCCUCUUCAUCUCCAUCUAGUGACGAACAUAUUAUGGCAACGCGACAAUGCAUUGCAUGUUUAAUUGGAGCAGUAUGCUGCCAUGGCAACAACAAUAUUGAGCAACCCACGCAAACAACUACUAACGUGGAAAACCAUCUUCUUCUACUUAUGACGUCACAAUCAGCGUUUCAGCGUAUGGUUGCCUGCAUUGUUGUGUCACAAUGGUGGAUGGAAUCUCAUUUAACAGGGAAAACUGACUCAACCCCUCCAGCUACAUUAUUUUCUGCCAUUUUUAAAAUUUUGGAAGAGACGUUUUAUUUUUCGGAAAUUUCCGUUCAGUUUAUUCACGUUCAAACUGACAUGAAAGCUUUCCUUGCUACUUUGUUGAACAAGAAAGUUGAUAUUGAGAAUUUUCCCUCUAAAUCUUCCUAUUCAUUCCAUGAAGUAUUAGACUUCUGUACAACCCAGGUCCCAUCCACUUUACUGAAUAGAGAUAAAGAUUUACGAGAGCAAAGAAACUUGUUAAUGAAACUAACAGACCAAGCUUUGAAAGUUCAAUUUACUCUCGAUAGUCGUGUUAAAGCAUUUGCAGCGAAUGCUAUUGUCUCCGCAGUGCACUCUAGUGGCCAAAAGGAUGAUAAUUGGAAAUUACCAACAAAAUUAAAUCCAAUUAUACGACCACUUAUGGAGUCUUUGAAGUAUGAAGAAAAUGUGACCGUCAGAAAUGCUGUGUCAUCCUCUGUAGCACGACUCAUCUGUUUAUGUCGGUCAAGACAACCGUGCCCGAAUCCGAAACUCGUUAAAAAUUUGUGCGUUGGUAUGAUUUCUUUUACCGCUAGGUGUCCUACUGAUGAAAGUGUGCAAAAAGAAUUUUCAGAUGCGAUUCUAAGCAAAUGUUACAUCACACAAGCCUCUGUAUCACGAGAUGGCAUCCUUACAAUACUAAGAAGAAUAAGCGAUUUGCAAACAGAGAUAAACAACCGAAAAAGAAAACGAAACAUAGCAGAGGAUGAAACAGCGAACUAUAUCCCUGAAUCUGACCAGGUAAACCCAGCUACUUCAAGUGCAGGUGCUGUUACCUGCAUUCAAACUAUUAUCAAAAUGCAUGAAGACAAUCUUUUAGAAGUGGUGCCUACUGUAUGGGAGAUUCUUUCUACUUUGCAAGAUGACAUUUCACUCUUGUCCCAAAGCUUGCUUCUGCUUGAAACAGUUGUUCCUGUUAUUAAAGGAAAGAAAUUGAAAGAAAAAAUUUUUGGUUUGGUACCUGGAGUAUUGCGCAAUCUGUGGCACGAGCAUACCAGUAUAAGAUAUCUAUGUAGUCGAUGUGUGGCAGUUUUAACGAACCAUAUGCCCAACACUAUUAUGCCAGUUGUGGUGGAUAAGAUUCUGCCCCAGUUGGAUAACAACCAAAACAUCACCCAGCAUAGAGGUUCCAUUGAAGCACUUGCAAAUAUAAUUGAGGUGAUGGGAACAUCUGUUGUGCCAUAUGCUGUGUUGAUGGUUGUACCUUUACUUGGCUGUAUAAGUGACCAGGAUACACAGACACGACUUCUUGCUACUCAAUGUUUUGGCCAACUGGUGCAGUACAUGCCUGUGGAGUCUGGCAUCCCAGAUCCUCCCGAUCUACCCGAGGAGUUGAUCCGGCAAAAACAGGAAGACCGACGAUUCCUUGAACAAUUAUUCGACAAUUCUUCACUCGACGAAUAUAAAAUCCCCGUUAAAAUUAACGCAAAAUUACGACCAUACCAAGAAGACGGGGUAAAAUGGCUGGCAUUUUUGAACCGUUAUAAACUACAUGGCGUUCUAUGUGAUGAUAUGGGGUUAGGAAAAACGUUGCAAACCAUUUGUAUUUUGGCUUCUGACCAUUUUUAUCAAGCCAACAAAAAACAGGAAAAUGAAAAAUUCCAUUCUGGCAAACUAAUUUCUUUAGUUGUGUGUCCACCCACGCUAACCGGUCACUGGGUGGCAGAAGUGAGGCAGUUCUGUGAAUUAUUAACUCCCCAACAUUAUGCAGGCAAUCCUACUGAACGGUUGAGGUUGCAAGGGGAGGUGAAGAAGCAUAAUCUUGUCAUAGCUUCGUACGAGGUUAUAAGAAAUGACAUCGAAUUUUUCAGUCAAAUAAAAUGGAAUUAUUGCGUCCUGGAUGAAGGCCAUGCUAUCAAGAAUGGGAAAAGUAAAUUAUCCCAAUGUAUCAAGUCUCUAUAUGCUAAGCAUAGACUUAUUUUAACUGGAACACCAAUACAGAACAGUGUAUUGGAGCUAUGGUCAUUAUUUGAUUUCCUAAUCCCUGGUUUACUUGGCUCAGAGUCAGAAUUUAACGCAAGAUAUUCCAAACCUAUCAUUGCAAGUAGAGACGCUAAAAGCUCAUCUGUUGAGCAGGAGGAAGGAUUAAUCGCGAUGGAGUCCCUGCAUCGUCAAGUCCUCCCGUUUAUGCUCCGAAGGAUGAAAGAGGAUGUUCUUAAGGAUUUACCUCCAAAGAUAAUCCAAGAUUAUUAUUGUGAGCUCAGUCCUCUGCAAUUUCAACUUUACGAGGAUUUUGCGAAGAGUCGAGCGAAGAAAGAUGCCGAGUCGUCCAUUAAGAUCAUAGAUGAAGAGAAAGAUCAAACGAACCUCAUGAAGGGGACUUCCCAUGUAUUUCAGGCGCUGCAAUAUCUUCAGAAAGUUUGCAACCAUCCUCUGUUCGUAUUAACGCCGAGUCAUCCCCAGUACAACGCUAUUAUGACUCAGCUAAAAAAAUCGAAAACUUCUCUUCAUGACGUGAAACAUGCUUCGAAACUGACCGCGUUACAACAGUUGCUACUUGACUGUGGGAUUGGAAAAACUGGUGACUCACUUUCUGAGGAGUCUGUGGCCAAUCAGCAUCGAGCGCUCGUGUUUUGUCAACAUAGAAAUCUUCUAAACAUCAUUGAGAAUGAUUUGCUGCGUCAACUUAUGCCUGGUGUAACUUAUCUAAGACUGGAUGGUGGGGUUCCUUCAAAUCAAAGAUAUUCCAUUGUUUCAAAGUUCAAUAAUGAUCCAUCCAUCGACUUACUUUUACUAACCACUAAAGUUGGGGGAUUGGGCUUAAACUUAACUGGAGCUGACACUGUUAUAUUUGUGGAGCAUGACUGGAAUCCUAUGGUGGAUUUACAGGCAAUGGACCGAGCCCACCGCAUUGGACAGAAGAAAGUGGUGAACGUAUAUCGUAUAAUUACUCGUGGUACAAUGGAAGAAAAAAUCCUUGGUUUGCAAGAAUUUAAACUUAAUGUUGCGAAUACCAUAGUUGGUGAUGAUAACAGGGGAAUACAGAGCAUGGGAACCAACCAAGUGCUGGAUCUGUUUAAUGUUGACCAGUCCACCCCGAAAAGCCACCCUCACAGCAACGAUGCCACAAACCCAAGUAAAGGGCUUCGUGCUAUGAUGGAAGGGUUGGGCGAACUGUGGGACCAGAAUCAAUAUGAUGAAGAAUAUAACUUGGAUAACUUUCUGCAUUCGCUUACUAAGUGAUUGGUGGAAAUAUUGGAAAGGUUUACUUAGCGUUAAAAUAUGUCAAACUAAAUGUCAAAAUUAAGUUUAACUGAAAUAUUUACUUGAAAUUCAGUUAAAUUUAUCUGCAAACUUAGGGGUAACUAAAUUUUGUUUUAAAUAUGCAUUUGUAAUUCCAAUGCUGCUUCGAAGUACACUAAUACCCUUUUUGCAUGGUCACUUUUAUGCGCGUAAGUACUCGCAUAUUUACUCGCAAACGCUUAUGACGUUAUGCGUGUUAACUUUGUUUUUGCGAGUAAAUAUGUGAGUACUUACGCGCAUAAAAGUAACCAUGCAAAAAGGGUAUAAUAUUCCUUUUUGUACACAUUUGCUCAUUUUCAAAUAUUCAUUUUCAUUCUAGUUUCACUGUUUUGUGUGUUAUUCGUUUCGUUUUAAAGUUAAAACAAAUAUACAGAAAUUCUGCUGUUCUUACUACUAAGUAUAACGUAAUAUGUAAAUCGGCUACUCUUGUAUGAAAACCUUUUACUUUAUUGUUCCAAAAAAGUAUUUUCGAAUGGCGUCUGAAAAUCAAAUUACCAUUUUUAUAUUACAUGGACCAAUUUACAUAUGCUAAGUUGGGAUAAGGUGGUCCACGUUUUUAUUCUCUUUUGUCGUCUCAUUUGUAAAGUAUGUGGUAAUUCGUAAGCAGGCACGAUGUGCAUGAGUCCGAACACCCGUGUAAUAACGAUUGUCGUUGCCCCAACAUGCGAGCAUGAAUAAGUUUCAUUGACGCGUUUCAAGUCGUGUCAAUGUAAGUAUUCACUAUGUCUGCCAUCUCGUCCAAAUAUUUACGAUGCAGUUUCAGAAACUGGCUUGUCUCGUUCGCUUUUACUUUUCUUUUGUUAAAAUUCUUAUGAUAAGACUUCCGUCUUUGUAGAGAAGUAUUGUUUUUUCUUGCUUCUACCACCGGUGGGACUUGAACUUCGUUUAUUCCAGUUGCAAUUUCUCCGCAUUUUAAAUGGCCGUUCGGCUGAAUUGGCAAAUGUAUUUCGUACACCGGGUUCUCAAAAGCCAUAUUUCGCCUUUUUA